UCAUCAAAACAGUAAAGUAAAAUCUGCUUUAAACAGUUUAAAAUUAGCAUAGUCCCUAGAGUAUGAAGUUGCCCUUUAGUGUCCUUGCUUGAUCAAAGACAAAAAUCCUCCUCACACUGGUCAGAGAGGGAGGAUUAUAAAUCCCUGGGCUCAUGACUGCAUUAAAGAAGACGAUGGAUGGGAACAGAGAGGUUUCCAGAAGAAGGUGUGAGACAAUAUGAAAUCAGACUGUUGCUCUUUUAAUUUGCACUAAUAUUCUAUUGCACAUUUAAUAACAACUUGUACCUUGGUGUACUUUUAGAGAAAUCAACGCAUUGUCCUGCCCUUAACUGGCUGUCUGUCUUUCAGGAAAGGACUGGUCACAGAUUCUCCUUUCCCAAGCUCAUGUUACAACUCUCCCUGGGUUUUGCAAGAACAACUCCUUAAACUCAGCUCAUUUCUCAACCUCCAGCACAGGGUGUGUGGACUGAGACCAGACGCCGUAGACACACAAACACAGGGAUGCACAAAGGAGAGGCUGAGUGAGCAGUGUGCAUUACAUCUGUUCUUCUGCAACAGAAGAGCUGCAUGCAACUGUAGAAGAGUCUGAGCUCUGAAGAACACAGACUGCACAGUAUGACCCAUUACUUUUCCACACAAGGUGACAGGGGCUGAAGCUGAGCACACAUUCCUGUGUGUGUGUGUGUGUGUGUGUGUGGGGCUGUGUGCACUGUUUUGACAAGUCUCUAACUACAUCAGGGAGUGACCAGUCUCCCCUCUAGUCCAGAGGGGGGUUGUGGUAGUGCAUUCUUUGUAUUCCGGAUGCAGAACAUCCUCGAUCAAAACUUAGACAUGGCCACAGCUCUACUUGCAGGUGAGAAGCUGAAGGAGCUGAUCUUGCCAGGUUCUUCUCAGGAUGAGAAGGGCGGGGCGCUGGCUGGCCUCAUGGUGCAACUCAAACUGGAGCUUCCUUUUGAUCGUGUUGUUACUAUAGGGACGGUCAUCAUCCCCAUCCUCCUGGUGACCCUCGUCUUCACAAGGAACUUUGCAGAGGAGUCCAUAUACUGUUACACACCACACAACUUCACUCGAGACCAGGCACUGUAUGCAAGAGGCUACUGCUGGACAGAGCUUCGUGAUGCUCUACCUGGUAUGGAGCCAGAUCACUGGCCUUCAUUAUUUGAGCACAAGUUCCUCCCCUACGCCCUGCUGGCCUUUGCUGGAAUCAUGUACAUUCCUGCUUUGGGCUGGGAGUUCCUUGCCUCUACACGGCUCACUUCAGAGCUCAAUUUCCUGCUUCAAGAGAUUGAUAACUGCUAUCAUCGAGCUGCUGAGGGCCGGGCCCCAAAGAUCGAGAAGCAAAUCCAGUCCAAAGGACCGGGCAUAACUGAGCGGGAAAGGAGGGAGAUCAUAGAGAAUGCAGAGAAAGAGAAGAGCCCUGAGCAAAACCUUUUUGAGAAAUAUUUGGAGAGACGAGGCCAAAGCAACUUUUUGGCCAAGAUCUACUUGGCACGCCACCUUUCUAUUAUCUGCCUCAGUUCAAUCCCCAUUUCCUACCUGAGCACCUACUAUGCCCGCCAAAGGCAGAAUGAGUUCACCUGUGCACUAGGUGAGCCCCCAGAUAUUAGCAGCUAUUCAGAGCUGAAGCUCAGGGUCAACUGUAAGCUGCCUGCUGUGCAGCUGCAGCGCAUCAUGGCAGCAGUAGAUAUUGCCCUACUCUGCACCAUGAACCUCAUCAUUCUUGUUAAUUUGCUGCAUCUUUUUGUGGUGCGAAAGUCCAACUUUGUAUUUGACAAACUGCAUAAAGUUGGAAUUAAAACACGGCGACGCUGGCAGAAGUCUCAGUUCUGCGAUAUCAACAUCCUGGCCAUGUUCUGCAAUGAGAACAGGGACCACAUCAAGUCGCUCAACCGACUGGACUUCAUCACCAAUGAGAGUGACCUCAUGUAUGACAACGUGGUCAGGCAGCUGCUGGCUGCACUUGCACAGUCCAACCAUGAUGCCACACCCACUGUGAGGGAAUCUGGGAUCCAAACAAUUGAUCCCAAUAUGGAUCCUUCUGAUCUCGGGGUAGGAGAGAUGGCUGGUGAGCCGCUGGUCAUCAAACGACCCCGGAAGAAGAUUAAAUGGAUCCCAACUUCAAAUCCUCUUCCUCAGCCAUUUAAGGAACCUCUUACCCUGACGCGCCUGGAAAACAACACCAAGCCGGAAAAACCCAAGCCUGUCAGGCGAAAAAUAGUGGCAGACAGCUUUAUUGCGCCGCUUCUGGAUAACAAGAGCACACAACAUCCUUCAACAAAAGACAUAAGUGGAAUGGAGAAAAAGCACACGCGCAACUUUUCUUUGGAUGUCCACCCGUACAUGUUGACAACUCGUAAGCCCAAAGUGGAAACCACAACCACAGAACCUCUACCCUCAGAGCACAACAUGGAUACAGUGUACCUUGAGGGCACACACACUGUUGUUCAUGUGUCUGGUGCAAUUACAGAGAAUAAGGUUCGCUCUCCAGAAUCAACCAACACUGCCUUCUCUGCAGAGACCCUGUCCACCACUACAUAUGUAAAUGGAGUGAGCCCCAACCCUCCCUCCAGUGAAGAUGCGCUCAGUCCCAAGUCCUCCCCUCCACAAUCGGCGCCUCCCACUCAGAAGGAAAACACUGAGUCUCAACCACCCUCUCUAACAAGAGCCCCGACACACCAGCUACUGAGUAUGCAUCAUACACUCUUUGAGGAAGAACAGGAUGAAAACAGGAGGGACAGGCUGGCAGAGAGGCCUGGGGAGCUCAUUGCUGCUGGAGAAUGUUGAAGAAGAGGAGAAGAAGAAGCGGAAGAGGAACAGUGACUGAGAUUAUUUUCCCCAACUGCACUCUACGCACAUAACCGCCAUGCCAAUCACCUCCUAUCAGUAGUCACCUCUACUCUUUUAAUUAACUUCUACACUUCCGGAAUAGUUGGAGCAGAGGUGGAAUAGUGAUGACUUGGAAAAACUCUUGUGGCAAAAUUGAACUUUUAGAAAGGAUAAACUGAGAGAAAUGUGUUUAUUUACCUGUGCUGACCAGUUUAUUACUGUAGGAAAUGAUGUCACACUCAUGUCUCAGGAUGACUGUGUAUAGCUAAUCACCCACCAAUGAAACCAGCAGUGACAUAAUUCAACAGGGUGCUACAGUGCAGGGUCACACAGCUAUACUGGAAAAGUAUAUAGACAGGGUAAAGAGAGAUGAGUGAAUUUCCUAAUUUAAAAAAAGGCAAACACAUCCGAAAUGCAAAUCUGCAGCAUCAAACAAAAUGUAUUUUAAACAUAUGAUAACGCUUAGUCCCUUUAUCCCAAUAGACAAGUAGAAAGGUAGCUAGUGCAAUACAGUUGUUGAGAUCUGCACAAUUAAUAUGCAAAAGAUCACAGUAUAAUUGUGGCAAUAAUGUCUGCGCUUAGAACAUCUUAUUCCACACGCUAUACAUGUAUAGACACUGUAUAUGACUCACUGCUUGUGGGGUGUUUAAAUAUGACAUGUUUCAUGGCUAAUUACUGCCAUUUCACAAUGCAUAAGAACACAGAUCGUAACUAUCCUUGCACGGCAUUAAAAUUGGCUUUUUUCAAUCCCUUUUUUCUUUUUAUAGAGGGACAGCAGACUCAACACUGAAAGUGUGACUUUGUGAGACAACGUAGAAUUGCAAUACUGCUUAGAGAAACUGAUAGUAGAUAUCUUUUGAUCCAGCAAAAAGAAAAAAAAGAAGGCAGUUACAGUGAUGUGUGUCCUUCUUGAAGAGUUUAAUAGCAGCUCUAUGAUGAAGGGAGCUGGACUCACUGGUAAAAUAUGACCUCUUAUUUUUCUGUUGGCUUCUUGUGGAAGUCUUGUAAUAUGCAGUGAAUGUACUGAUGAGCAGGGUAAUGGUUUAUAAGGAUGAAUAAGGUUUUCAUUAUCUGCCAACGUCACACAAUCUAAAUGUAUUGCAUUUGUUGCUGCUUCACACAUUAAGGUAUAGAAACUAGAAGAAAGGAACAGCCUGCACUGACUCAGAAACCAACGGGACUUCUACAUCAACUGUAGAAGACAUUAGUCUUGUUUUCAGGGGCCUACCUAAAGAAUAGGUAGACCUAUGCAUACACAGCCUACUUUUUUUUUCUUCUUUCUUUUCUAGGGCAUUAAACUAAAAUGAAAUCUUUAGUCUUGGUGAUACUUAAUCUCCAUAGGCUGGCUCAAAUUCCCCUUGUUAGACUACUUAAGCACACUAAAUACAUCCAAAAGCACUUUAGGACAAGUAGUACUAGUGUGAGAGCACAUUGUAUCACAGCUCUUUAUCCUGAUUUCUGUGUUGAUUUACACAUUGGGACUGCUGCGCUGCAGUGAAAUG